GCGCUGCUGUAUGUGCGCCCCAUCCACCGCGGGGUGAUGGAGAUGCGGAGUGAGGCCACCGGACUCUUCCUGUGUAUGAACAAACGUGGCAAACUCUACGCCAGCUGUAACCGAAGCUCUGAGUGUGAGUUCGUAUCCCAGCUGGAGGACACCUACUAUGACACACUACAAAGUCGCCGCUUCAGCGGACGCUACCUGGCCAUCGCCACCAGUGGUCGCAUCAAGCGUGCUCGCCGGGUCAGUGGCCCUUUGGGCAAGGAGAAUUUUUUCCUCUUCCGGCGGAUACAGCUGCAGGAAGCACAGCGCAUCAUUGAGCGGUACCACGAGCGACUGGUGGGUCAGCCGCCUCAGCGCUGUGAUGGUUAUAAUGAGUACAACAAGACAACGGCGGGUAGUGCUAGUGAGAGAGGUCAAGGAGAAGCUACUGUGGUGACACUGGCACCAACCGUGGUGCCAAUGGGUCGCACUACCACCACUACCACAACUUCUUCCCCACCUGCCAGUAGACGUUGCCGCAUUGUGAAAGGUAAAAAAAGGUGCAAGUGGUGCAGGAUUGUUAAAGGGAAAAAGAAGUGCAGAAAGAGGCCAAAGAAGUGUAAGAAUAAAAAAUGUCGCAAAAGAAAAAAACAAAGGAAAAGUAAACGUAGAAGGAAACACGGGAGAGAAAAAGACAGCCAUGAAGUAAACACAAAUAACACAGUAGAUACAGAGGCACCACGCAGACGUAAAGUGUCGGUGUCAGCAGGGACGGGGAAGGCACAGCCGAGGCAGCGUCAUGAGGCGGAUGGCAAACGAAAACACACACAGUACACAUCCAUCACUGUGGCUCCCCAAACCAGACGUCCCCAUGGCAGGCGUAUCCGUCACCAGCGCCGCUUGCCCACAUCGCCUUCACUGCCCAUGGCCACCCCUACGCCCUCACGUGCUGCCUCUAGGGUGCCUAGAGGCCCUCUGCGGCCCACACCCAUGACGGUGACACCACAAUCACAGCAGCCCUUUCCCCCGGCGCCCUCGUCCGCCCGCCCGUACCGUGUCCGCCAUGCCCAUGAUGCGCGGCGGCGACGGCGGUGGCCACGGGGGCACCUCAACCCUCCCACCUCAGCUGAUGCUUAGUGUAUAUACUUCAGCCAUACCAUUUUUCAUGUAUAUAAUCGUAAAUAAUAUCUGUAAAUACAUAGAAUUCCGACGUAUGAACAAGGUCCAAAAGAAGGGGACUUAAUUUAUUUGAUCUUAUUUAUUGUUCAAUGUCAAAUUGUUGCCCCCGGAAUCAAAGGUCGACCACAAUGUAUGCGCUUGUCAAUCUUAGUCAUGUGAGAGGACUGGAGGGAGUGGGAGGUGCUCGUCAAGUGCAGGUUGUCCCGGCAGCCGAGAGAAUGGUGCUAUACCUGAUCCUACCGCGUGCCAUACACUCGCCAUAUUGCAACUCUUAGUAGAACAUUGGAAAAAUAAGCAUUUGUAAUGCAACAUAUCAGUGUCCUAGGUCAGUUACUUUUGACUUUCAUGUGAACUAACAUGUUGGUUUGGAAAGAAAUGUGUGCCAUAUUAGAAACUAUCUGUGCAUUAGUAUUGGGAACAUGUAUGGGCCCACACCAAGUCAUCAGACUAGGUGUUCCUGCUACAGGACUUAAUUCGUAUCCCAGAACUUAUGAGAACAAAUAUCUUAUGGAUGUCUUAAUAACAGGACACAACUGUAUAUCCAUUUGUAAUGGAGGUUAUUUAGUCAACAUGUUAAGAAGUAUUGGUCGUCAAUCGGUGCUGCAGAUUAUUCUUCACCCUGGCUCUUCAGGGUGUGGAGGAUCAAACAAGUUCCUCUUUCACACCAACUACACACCUCACCCAUGUCGACAACUGGAGUUGAUAGUGGCAGGCAAGAAUGAUGGACAGCCCAGAGGUAGUACCACAUGGUCGCUGCCAGGCGCCUGCAGGACCCCACACCUGCUGUGCUCCAACCAGCCAUAUCCUGGCCGCCAUCAUCUAUCACAACACCAGCCGCACCUGUCACCGGAAGGACAAACUGCAGCCCCGACUAGACCAAGCCUCCUUGUAUUUUCUGUUGCUCACAACACACCAAUGCAGGGUAGCUAUCAUGCUACUCUUGUCCAGGUUGUGUGGUCUGGAGGCUAUUUUGCUCACUUGGCAUUUGUACCACGCCUGAUGAGGGCGCUCACACCAGGCACGUGGCACCCCGGACUCGCCUCACCCGGGGACCAAGUGUGGCCAACAGUGAAGGGCAGAGAUGAAUCAUUCAACAUGCCAAUGAUCCAUGGUGAUGGCAGAGGGUUGGUCACAUGAACCUUUGUCUGGGUGCAGCCCAGACUCUCACCACCGCCCACACGCCCACACGGCUGCACGGGUGCUGGUGUCGUCGCUCACAGGCACAGCGAAGCCAACACAGAGGCUUGCUGGUGCCUGUAUCCACCCAGGCUGGCCCUCCUCCAGUCUAGUCACACAUGUCUCCUGAGGGUCAGCCUGGACCAGCCUGAACGUCAGCUGCUUCCCCGCUCCAUUGCCUCCUGCUACACUCGACCUGCUCUUAUGCUCAUAUUACCUAAUACAGUCACAGUACUCAAUGUAACACCUUGGUCAGUAACAUGUAGAUCUAAACUACCAUAUUACACUUGCUGAACUUCCUCAGACUAUAUCAACCACGAUAGAAAACACAGCAGAUCUUUUCAACUUCAAACAAAACACAAACGUUCCUCUUCUAUUGAGAGAGAGAUAAAUACUUUAUAUAAUCAUACUAAUACACCAACUAUGUCCUUAAUGAGCAGUGGUGAGGGCCUUGUGACCCCCACGAUGAGGUGACCUCCCGGUGCAGUGGCCUCCAUCACUAACACACGUAACAACUCAUUAAAGCAUUACAAUCUAGAGGAUACGUCUUCACCAGUGAAUAUGACCUUCAAUUUUGUUGUCUUCCCACAGAGCCAAAUUUUAAGUCCUUGCCCCUUGAGUACACCAAAGCCAUCAGUAGUUCCAACUGUGUUUAUUGAAACCUUCUAAUGUCUCAUGACCCUAAUAAGCAUCUGCCUCAGUCAUAGUGCAAUCAUUAGUUUAGCUUUUAUUUAUAAUAUUAUACUCGACAUGAAUCACCACGAAUCUAACCUUAUUUCCCUGAAGUCCUGGCUUCCCAAUUCAAUGUUCUCAAAUUUCAGUACCCCUUCUGUUGGGUUUUAAAUUCUAGCUAUACCGUACAUACCAUGUUAAAUGAAACACAGCUGUGUUCCUUUCUUCCUUGUCCAUAUGUGGCUUAAAUAUCCUCAUGUGGGUGGGAUCUUCAUAUCUGAUGUUAUACGCUAUUGCAGUCAUUCUCAGUAAGACUUGAAAACAUGGCCACCACAAUACCAACAUUUACCUUAAUAAAUAAUGUCGAUGUGGACCAAUGUGUGGGCGUCUCGCGUCGGCAACCCCAGCAGUGAGAGCCGGGCAGUGGAGCGGGGUAUGCUUGCAGCUUCGCAAUUUCCUCAUACUGUAUUACUGUAGUAUUAUUAUACAGUACUGUAUCACAAUAACAUUGUCCUCUCUCACCAGCUCAAUAUCAAAUUAGUCUAGUUUUCGUUGUUAUAGUCUAGCUAGUUGACAACAUCCAAAAUUGUAAUGUUAGGAUAUUUAUUGAAGAAGAUUUUCGCAUAAUUAUAUGAAUGUUAGAUAUACUGUAAAGCAAACUGAGCAGCUGACAAGAGGUCAUGAGACUGAAUGAGUAGUCAAUUAAUGCGAUGACAAUUGCACGUUCUUAAUACCCAAGAAAAUGUUGGUUUAAAAAAUCUUAUUCACACUGCUCAUAAGUAAGAAGAGUUCUUUCUUUUACAAUUGUUGAGUCUCACACUGCACCACUAAUUAAUGAGCAUUUUUCGGUGUAUGAAGGUGUAAAAAAACUCGUGUUUGUUUACCAGGAGAAAUUUGUUUAUAGAUGUGGAAGGAACGUUUGUUCACAAACAAGAUGAAAUAAAUAAAUAAAUAAAUA